AUGGCCUACCGAGCGGGCGGGCCUACGCACGCCUACCCGAACUACGUAGAAGCAGCGAGAAUAGCGCCCGGUUACAGGUUUCCCGCUCCAGCAGGCGCCGCCGGCGCAUAUGGUGCAGGCGCCGCGCCACCUGCGGCGUUCCAUCCUCACAGGGCGUUUACCCCGCAACGACACCCGUAUAUGACACCAUAUGAAGCGCAUUUACGGCCACAUUCCCAUCAUCCGGGCCAGCAGCACUUGCAAGCGGCGCAUAUGCAUUUCGCGCCCCACGGUCGACUUUCGCCGCCUGAGUCUAUUGGAGGAAGGCCGGGUGACGUCCUUGGUGGUCGUCGCCCUUAUGGACCGCCGAUGUGGCAUCCUGGACAUCCUGGACAUGAGAGAGAUGCGGGACAUUUACUGAAUGGACGCAGGAGUUCCAUACCCGACGCAUUAUAUGACCCGGAAUCAAGAGACGCCCAUGGUCACUUCCCCGGCGGUGCGUAUCCCGCCAUGGAAUCCCGGGUGCACCCGCGAAUGCACGCCGUAGCAGCUGUUGAUCCGGCUCUGUACCAUCGCGUAUCGGAAGCUGUCCGACGAGGGUCGAAAGAAGGACUGGGAGGACAGAUUCUGGGAAAACAAUCAAAUUCAGAAGAUUUAGGUUCCAAUGGGCCGUCUGUCAUUGAUUUGACGGAAGAUGAGGAUGAGGCGGGUGACAUGGUUAUAUCCCCCGUAUCAAAUGGCACCGUUCAAGGACCCCCCAACCCUCCUCACCCGUAUCCACAAGAAUGGUCGGAUGGCCAGGUACCAUUUCCCAACGGCCAUCCUCAACCAUCCCAACUCUCCUCCCUCUUACCCGAAAACAUUCCCUACCCCGCCUCCCGCAAACGCAAAGAGCCCUUAUCAGCACUCGUCCCGCACCACCCGCUCGGCGGCGGCAAACGACCACGGCCUGGCCCGGCGGAAGAGUUGGGCGUGCCCCUUGCGCCGCGUAUAGCCAUCAACCCGAGGUUCCUGGCAAGAUAUGCUGGAAAGAAUGGGGCUGCACCUCCUCCGCCGCCUUUGUCGACGAAUGGGGUUAGCAAUGCUGUGGGAACGGUGAAGAGAGUUACGCCUGUAGACAGCGCGGAUGGAGUCAAUGCGGCGACGAUAACUGCACAACAACAACGGAACGGCCACGUACCUUCUUCAAUCCAGAAUGGAAUAACUAACGGUAUACGCUCAGGAGCCAACCUUGGGAAUCGCAACCUCCAACAUAUCGAUCUUCUGACACCACAUGCAAACCAUGUCUCUUCCCCAAUUCCAGGUAAACCCGCCAACGCAACCAUCCCAACCAUCCCAACCACCACCACAACAACAACAACAACAACAAAACGCCCACUAUCCGCCAGCACACCCACAACAGGCUUCUCACUCGACACGCACCCAUGGAAAAUCACGAGCGCGAAGAAGAUUGUUGCCAAGGUUGCGCCUAAACCGUCGACGCCCACGACCACGAUAAGCACGGAGGAGGGUGGUGGAAAGACGGUGAAUGGGGAUACGGGGAAGAGGAGGAGGGUGAUUUAUGAGGAUGCGUGGAUGUCACCGGUGCGUAUAUGGGUCGUAUGGGUUGGUAUGGGGUGGUCGUGUGAUGGGUGUGGAGAGCGUACGGGAGAGCAUCUGGAAGAGGAUGGAGAGCAAUACGGGAAAAAAGGGUUGGGGUGCCGAGAGUGUCUCGUAACCUAUUACUUUGCAGCAAGCUAG